AUGAGCAACCGUGUCGUGUCGCUCACCUUCCGACACAUCAUUGACGAUGUGAUCGCGAAUGUGCGCCAAGACUUUGAAGAUAUGGGUAUCGAGAAAGAGGUGCUGGAGGAGCUGCAGCGUUCAUGGGAGGCUAAAUUGGUCGCUACGCAAGUCACAGAGUUUGAUGGCGCGAGCACGUCGUCGCAGCGUGCAUCGCACCCGUAUACUGUGACGCCUGGCGCACCCCUACUUCGAACCGGUGGCAGCGCGGCGCAAACCGACGUAAAGGAAGAGGAGAAGGCGUCGAUCUCCACGUCGAGUACGGAUGCUAAGCCCAAUGACGACGACGCGGCGGCGGGGCAGAAGCGCAAGCGCGAGGCUGGCGACAGCUCAGAGCGUGCGGAGAAAGAGGCAAAGAUGGAAGAGAGCAGUGCCAAAGAGGAAGACGCGUCGAAGGACGAGAUUGGCAGUGAUCUCGAUGAUUCAGAUGAUGACGACGGCGAUGGGACGGAGGAUAUGAUCCUGUGCUUGUACGAUAAGGUGCAGCGUGUUAAGAACAAGUGGAAGUGUGUGCUACGGGAUGGUGUCGCCUCGAUCGAUGGCCGUGACUACUUGUUCUCCAAAUGCAAUGGCGAGUUUGAAUGGUAA